UUUUUACAACAAAUCGACACCAUUUAAGACGAAUAGUUUCGUGCUGCUAUCCACCAUUCUUCAUUUAUUUCCUCAGUUUCCUUGGUUAUUUUGGUCCUCUAUCUUGUGACAUUAAUUUCAUCAUUUUAUUCUAGAUAAUUCUUUUCUUAAGAAAUUUAAAUUUCUUUAAAACUUUCCCUAUUAAAGCUUAAAUAUUUUUAGCUAUUUUUGAAUAUAAACAAAUAUCCAACUCUCCAAUAUGCAGAUCUUCGUCAAGACUCUUACUGGAAAAACGAUCACUCUUGAAGUUGAGGCUUCUGAUACCAUCGAAAAUGUGAAGGCGAAAAUUCAAGACAAGGAAGGCAUUCCUCCAGAUCAGCAGCGAUUGAUCUUUGCUGGAAAGCAGCUUGAGGACGGGCGCACCCUUGCUGACUAUAAUAUCCAGAAGGAAUCGACUCUCCAUCUUGUUUUGCGUCUUCGCGGUGGCAUGCAGAUUUUCGUUAAGACUCUUACUGGAAAGACCAUCACUCUCGAAGUUGAAGCUUCCGACACUAUCGAAAACGUCAAGGCCAAGAUUCAAGAUAAGGAAGGAAUUCCGCCUGAUCAGCAACGAUUGAUCUUCGCUGGUAAACAGCUUGAGGAUGGGCGUACUCUUGCUGAUUACAACAUCCAGAAGGAAUCAACUCUUCAUCUUGUUUUGCGACUUCGAGGUGGGAUGCAAAUCUUUGUGAAGACCCUCACGGGAAAGACAAUCACUCUGGAAGUGGAAGCUUCUGAUACCAUUGAGAACGUUAAGGCCAAGAUUCAGGACAAAGAAGGAAUUCCUCCUGAUCAGCAACGAUUGAUCUUCGCUGGCAAACAGCUUGAGGAUGGACGCACUCUUGCUGAUUAUAACAUCCAGAAGGAAUCAACUCUUCACCUCGUUUUGCGUCUUCGUGGUGGAAUGCAAAUCUUCGUGAAAACGUUGACUGGGAAAACUAUCACCCUCGAAGUUGAGGCAUCUGACACUAUAGAAAAUGUCAAAGCCAAAAUUCAGGACAAGGAAGGCAUUCCACCAGAUCAGCAGCGUCUGAUCUUCGCUGGAAAGCAACUCGAGGACGGUCGUACUCUUGCUGACUACAACAUUCAAAAGGAGUCGACUCUUCACUUGGUCUUGCGUCUUCGUGGAGGAAACUAA